AUGUCGGGCAACGGUCAAUAUGCACUGUUUCCCAGAACGGACAGCCAGGUUCCGCCAGUUAGAUACAAGCUCACACAGACUCCCGGAGAGAGAGCUAAGCUCGUUCUGGUGAACGAGGCAGCAGGUCAUGAGCCAAAGCCUCUUUUCAAAGAGGUUUCCCGUGGUCGUGGAGUUGUGAGAGGACACCGUCAAGAGCAUUCCGAUGUACUACCACUACGCAAUAUGGAAGACCUCCGCUCAAAAGCCGAAACGCAUGAAAAACAAAGGUCCUUGUCUUCAAAUCCUGGCAGACAGCGAUCAAUGAUUGCACAGGAGAUGUACAGCCGCCCUCGAGAUACCAGAUCAGCAGAAACUCUACAGCCCAUGCUGCAGCCAACAUCAUAUGAAGCUCCGCGCAAGCCUUCGAUCGGUGCCCCCUUGGAGAAGUUAGGAGCAAGAAUUAUGGCGAGGAAAAACUCACGGGACGAGACUCCUGUGAUGAUGAGAAAGAGUUCACGCGACGAUGGAUUCUCAUCGCUCCGAAAAGGCUCACGAGAGGAGAUUACAGCGUUGUUGAGAAAAGGGUCGCGAGAUGACACUGCCACACCAAGGGGCAACAACAACGUGGAAGACUCUUCAGAUUCAACAAGGAGCACACCACGACUACAACUUACCACAGUACCGGAGGCUCGCGACGAAUCAAUCAUGCAACGAGGCCGCCCUAUAUCACGACGAGACAGCAAGAGAGGAAAAGGAGAAAACGCCGACCCCUUCUCCGGCAACAUGAGCCCUCGAUCACACUCUGCUGCACCCACUUACACACUACCGCAAACCUGUUAUGCAGCUUCAAUCUCCUCUGUUCAACCAUCGCCUUCAAAACAAUAUACGCUUACACGACCAUCACUUCAUACAUCUGCAUCGACAUCAGCCGUUACCCGGCUACCCUCGAUCCAACAAUCAUUAUCAGCACCUAAUACCGCUCGCCCAACAUUCCACCAAUCGUCCUCAGCAUCCGCCGUCCGUACCCUCCAAUCCUCGCCGUGGGAGCCUAAUCACCCACGCAAAGACUCUCUAGACCCCAUCGGUUUCCGCACAGAAGGACCCUUCCGCAUCGUGCGCGCCCUCCGUGAAAUUGACAAGUCCUGUCUGCGCCUCUUUGACGACUGUGAGGCCCUCCAACGAGAACGCCAAACCCUACACACCGAAAUGCUCUCGGUGAUCAACAACAAAAACUUUAAUGCCGGCCAUUUGGCAAUCAUCAGGCAACAACAGCAAGACUUGGUGGACCUGGAUACCAAAAUUGACGCUUGCAUGCACAAUGUCAUGGAACGACAGCGGCGAAAGGCCAAACUUGUCGAUGGGCUGCCAGAAGUACAAGAAAUGGAUAAAGCGGAAGAGUUGAGAGAAAGGAUCACUGCGAGAGAGGCAGAGAAUACUGGUACUCCGGUCAGUAGAACGGCUUCGCCCUGGGGUCCUCGGGAGAGCUCACUCAAGACGAACGGUCUGCUAUCACCACCUUCGACGGUGAAAGCGCAGAGAGGCACCGCCACCUAUUCGGCCAUUAUGGAUUUUCUCGACGAGUUCGACUAG